AUGGUUCUGCCCAUGUCGCGCGCAGCGAGGGCCGCGUCAAGGUUGGUUCCCGAGAUACCGAUGUUGAGGCGGAGCAGCAAGCAGCAGGCCUCCGCGGCGGCGGCAGAGGAGGUGGCGGUGCCGGCGCACUUCGUGUGCCCUAUCUCUCUGGACCUGAUGCGGGACCCCGUCACGGCGCCCACUGGGAUCACGUACGACCGGGAGAGCGUGGAGGGCUGGCUGGCGCGCGGGAACACCCGGUGCCCCGUCACCGGCCGGCCCCUGCGGCUGGCCGACCUGGUCCCCAACCACGCCACGCGCCGGAUGAUCCAGGACUGGUGCGUCGCCAACCGCUCCAGCGGCGUCGAGCGGGUGCCCACGCCCAAGGUGCCGCUCGGUGACGCCGACGCCGCCGAGUCCGUGGCUUCGGUGUCAGCCGCCGCGAGGCGCGGGGAUGCCGCCGCGUGCGGGGCGGCGGCGGCCAGGGCCAGGGCGCUUGGCAAGGAGAGCGACCGCAACCGGCGCUGCCUCGCGGCGGCCGGAGCCGCGCGCGCGCUGGCCGCCGCGUUCGCGCGCCUCGCCGGAGAGCGCGUCGAGGGCGGCGCCUGCGCGCUGGGCGAUGUCCUGGCCGCGCUCACCGUCUUCUUCCCGCUCGACGACGAGGCCCGCCACUGCAUUGCCUCCCCGGCGUCGCUCAAGUCGCUCGUCUCCGUCAUGUCCCACAGCGAGCUCCCGGCGCGGGCCAGCGCCGCCGUCGUGCUCCGCGAGCUCGCGUCGUCGGCCGUCGACGGGCACACCCUCGAGGCCGUCCUGAGGACCCCGGGCAUGUGCGACGCGCUCGUCGGCCUGGUCCGGAACCCCAUCUCCACGCCGGCCACCAAGGCCGCGCUCGUCACGGCCUACUACCUCGUCGCCGCCUCCGACAGCGCGGCGGCGCGCUUCGCGGAGCUCGGCGCGGUGGCGGUGCUCGUGGAGGCCCUCGUAGACGCCGACAAGGGCACGAGCGAGAAGGCGCUGGCCGCGCUCGACGGCGUGCUGUGCGCCGACGCCGGCCUCGCUGCCGCGCGUGCGCACGCGCUGGCCGUGCCGGUGCUCGUCAAGAAGAUGUUCCGCGUGUCCGACAUGGCCACAGACUUCGCUGUCUCCGCGCUCUGGCGCCUCUGCUGCUCGGGCGACGCCGCCGCCGCCGCGUGCCUCGCCGAGGCGCUCCGCGUGGGGGCGUUCCAGAAGCUGCUGCUGCUGCUCCAGGUCGGCUGCGGCGGCGUCACCAAGGAGCGCGCCAGCGAGCUGCUCAAGAUGCUCAACGGCUCCAGAGGCAGCGUCGAGUGCAUCGAGACCGUCGACUUCAAGGGACUCAAGAGGCCAUUUUGA